GGUCUCAGUGAGUUGAUGGCUUAAUUUUGAUUCAUUUAGAGUUAGUUCUCAUGUAUGUGACAGGGAUGGCCACCUGCAGUAGUAUGACCCUCAUGAAAUAGGAAGUCCGCCAGGUGUCCGCAUUGGUCUUCAGACUUGGACCCCAUGUAUUCUCUCCUCAGUAACUGCCUGCUUAUGUUUCCUAGUUGAAAUGGCUCUGUUUGUCCCCGUGUGUCGUUGGCUCCGUUAGACAUUUGUAGCAGAUCUGGCUUGUUCACUUGCUCACUGGCGGGGAUGGUGAGUGCAUCUUGGAGUUUGAAGGUCUUACAUUCCGUCACUGGGUUAGAGUGUCAGUGGAGCUGUUGGAGUGUGUCGGUGGGAACAGGUGCUUGAUUUUGCAAUUUGGUUUAUUUGGCAAUUAACUUUAUUUCACUUGUAUUUCACUUAAUAAUGUAGGUCACCUAAUGAAUACCAACCUGGUUCUGUCCUGGCCACUUUGCUUCCAGCCCAAGUCCUUGGGUGCCUGCCCGUGUGUGGCCAGGUGAACUCAGUCCUGAGCUGGCUUUGACCUGGCCCAGCCAAAGUUGUGAGCGUUUGGGGAGUGAACCACCAGAUCAGACAUCUUUCCCUGACUGUCUAAUGUUUCUCUGCCUUUCCAAGAAAAUGAAAAGAGUUCUUUAAGUGGCAAUGUACUUGAUUCUGAAGCUGGAGAGGCCUGCUGUAGUCCAGAACAUCACAUUCGGAAAAUACGAGAAAACUCACGUGUGCAACUUGAAGAAGUUCAAGGUCUUUGGUGGAAUGAAUGAAGAGAACAUGACAGAGCUGCUGUCCAGUGGCUUAAAGAAUGAUUACAACAAGGAGACAUUCACAUUGAAGCAUAAAAUUGAUGAGCAAAUGUUCCCUUGUCGAUUCAUAAAAAUAGUUCCGCUGCUGUCCUGGGGACCAAGCUUUAACUUCAGCAUCUGGUACGUUGAGCUUAGUGGCAUUGACGAGCCUGAUGUGGUGCAGCCAUGUCUCAACUGGUACAGCAAGUACCGUGAACAGGAAGCCAUUCGACUUUGUCUGAAGCACUUCCGGCAGCACAACUACACUGAAGCGUUUGAGUCACUGCAGAAGAAGACCAGGAUCGCUCUGGAACAUCCCAUGCUGACGGGUCUGCACGACAAGCUCGUGCUCAAGGGGGAUUUUGAUGCGUGUGAAGAGCUCAUUGAAAAAGCUGUCCAUGAUGGCUUAUUCAACCAGUACAUCAGCCAGCAGGAGUAUAAGCCGCGCUGGAGCCAGAUCAUCCCCAAGAGCACCAAAGGUGAUGGAGAGGAGAACCGGCCGGGAAUGCGAGGCGGCCAUCAGAUGGUGAUUGACGUUCAAACAGAGACCGUGUAUUUGUUUGGUGGCUGGGAUGGCACACAAGAUCUGGCUGACUUCUGGGCCUACAGCGUGAAGGAGAACCAGUGGACGUGUAUCUCCAGGGACACUGAGAAAGAGAAUGGUCCGAGUGCCAGGUCGUGUCAUAAAAUGUGCAUCGACACCCAGCGGAGGCAGAUCUACACACUGGGGCGUUACCUGGAUUCCUCCGUGAGGAACAGCAAAUCCCUGAAAAGUGACUUCUAUCGCUAUGACAUCGACACGAACACGUGGACGCUCCUAAGUGAAGACACUGCGGCCGACGGGGGGCCGAAGCUGGUGUUUGAUCAUCAGAUGUGCAUGGACUCCGAAGAACACAUGAUCUACACUUUCGGUGGCAGAAUCCUGACGUGUAACGGCAGCGUGGACGACAGCAGAGCCAGUGAGCCGCAGUUCAGCGGCUUGUUCGCUUUCAACUGCCAAUGUCAAACCUGGAAACUUCUCCGAGAAGACUCCUGUAAUGCUGGGCCCGAGGACAUCCAGUCUCGGAUAGGACACUGCAUGCUGUUCCACGCAAAAAAUCGUUGCUUGUACGUAUUUGGUGGCCAGCGAUCAAAGACUUACUUGAAUGAUUUCUUUAGCUAUGACGUGGACUCUGAUCAUGUGGACAUAAUAUCUGAUGGAACCAAGAAGGAUUCCGGCAUGGUUCCCAUGACAGGGUUCACACAGAGGGCAACAAUUGAUCCAGAACUGAAUGAAAUACACGUCCUGUCGGGGCUGAGCAAAGACAAAGAGAAGAGGGAAGAGAACGUGAGGAAUUCCUUCUGGAUUUAUGACAUUGUGAGGAACGGCUGGUCUUGUGUAUAUAAGAAUGAUCAAGCUGCAAAGGAAAAUCCAAGUAAAAGUCUUCAGGAGGAAGAGCCAUGUCCGAGAUUCGCUCAUCAGCUUGUGUACGAUGAGCUACACAAGGUUCAUUAUUUAUUUGGUGGGAAUCCAGGAAAAUCUUGCUCUCCAAAGAUGAGAUUAGAUGACUUCUGGUCGCUGAAGCUGUGUAGGCCUUCGAAAGAUUACUUGCUGAGACAUUGCAAGUUCCUCAUUAGAAAACACAGAUUUGAAGAAAAGGCUCAGCUGGACCCCCUGAGUGCGUUGAAAUACUUACAGAACGACCUCUAUGUGACUGUGGAUCACUCAGACCCUGAGGAGACCAAAGAGUUUCAGCUCUUAGCUUCAGCUCUGUUCAAAUCUGCUUCUGAUUUUACAGCUCUAGGCUUUUCCGAUGUGGAUCACACCUAUGCUCAGAGAACUCAGCUCUUUGACACCUUAGUCAAUUUCUUUCCUGACAGCAUGACUCCUCCUAAAGGCAACUUGGUGGACCUUAUCACGCUGUAAGGCAGGUCAGAGAGACGCAAGCGCAGCAGGAGGCGGCCUGCGGCCUGUCCUGGAUGGCAAGCUGGGCUGCCCUGGCUGAGCCCCCCUGGCUGAGCCCCCCUGGCUGAGCCCGUGGCAGAGCUGGGAAGGCAUCUCCACCCUCACAAGUUUAAUCCUCUUCUCCUGCCUGACCGCAACCCCCUUCGCUUCAUCCUAUCCCAGACUAGGCUAAUAAAGUGAAAUUGGUAUACUUCCCAUUUAAAUACAUACAUAUAUUUUUCUUACUUUAACCUUCAAGAAUUAAUCAAUAUAAAGGAAAACAACUGGGCCGUUUACCCUGCCCUGACUCUCACCUUUCCUUUUUUGGAUUGUGAAGUUGCGCCCGAUGAACUACUCGGUGCUGAAGGAUGUUGGGACUUGGGUGUUUGGCUAGCUCUCCUCUCUCUCGCCUUCCAAUUUCACUUUAUCUCACAUCACACAACUGCUUGUAAAUGUGUUGCUUGUUGCCGCGUAGACUUCAUUCCCAGCAGGUGUGUAGUACUUGUGCCACGGUGGCUGUGUGCAGACGUGAUGUGCGUGUCAGUGUUGUCACACAUCAAGAACAGGCAGAGCAGAGAGCUCACACCUGCACUCUUUGCCGUAGAACAAAGAAACAAAAUGCAGGACGGUCCGGGACGCCCAGCUGAGGUCAGUGUAGGAUGUUUCUGUAGCAGACUUCUCAGAGUGGAUCCGAGGUGCCCUCUGGCUCCAAGUCACAGAACCUGUAAGCUGAGAAGUGAGUUUGGAACCUUCAAGAGCCAUUCCAAAACUCCCGAGCGGGAGAGCUGUGAGGUGUCUAGCCAGCGUGGAGAACGGUGAGCCGUCAUGGGAGGCGACCUGCGGGGCUCGGGUGGAGGCCGGGGCUGUGUCCAGAGACCGCCCUAGCCCGCUGCCGGAGCUGACCUCCGUGCACGUCGGCUCCCUGCAUCAACUUCUCUGCACUCAUGUAUUGACAAGUAGUGGUUUGUGAUUUCUGCUGGUGUGCAGCUGACUGCACUUCACUUGGUACUUUUUUAAAUGGAGAAAACUAUUUUUUCAUUGAAUAAGAAGGAGGACAUGACUGUUGAUUUUUUGCCACAACUCCAAGGUUCGUUUUUGCUUUUGUUUUGUGCCGAAGACAGAGGUGCUGUGGUCUGCAGUUUAGGAAAUCCGGCUGGUCUUCACAUCUGCCCUGACAGUGAGCUGUCUGCAACUCCUCGCUACCGUGCUGCAAGCCAGCUCGGCACCCGCAGUGGGUGUCUGUCGGGCAGCUCUGCAGACGGAGCAAUGCAGGAACUGGGGAAGGGAGAGAGGCCUGGCUCGCCGAGAGAAGUGUUUUUGCUAGUUUAGCUUGAGCCAUCGGGGCUGCAGUCAGCGGGGAUUUAUUCCACAGGCAUGCCUGCUGUGUCUGGAGGGUUCAUAAGGUAGCUGUGCAUAUGCAUCAUGACCAGUUGAUCGUACAGUUCAGUAAAUACAGUUUACUUAUAUAAUUGUAUAGUUCCAUAACACGAUUCUCCUGGAGUAAUGUUCCAGAACCAGAAAAUGUCAGUCUGACAUUGUCACCAGCCGAGUCUCAUUUUGUGAAGAUUGGUGCAGAUCAGACUGGCAGGCUGACCUUGAUUGGACUACAUUGAAAAGCUCUGGUAAAACAGCAACCAGAUGAAGCCUGCUGCCCUCUGCUCUCUGCCCUUUGCCCUUUGCCCUCUGGUCCUCGUGCUUCGUGACCUUCAGCAGUGCCCUAGACGCUCAUUACUGGAAGGAAGCCCAGCUCUUGACCUCAGUGAUUUUGUUUUCUGAAUCACAUCUUUUUGUUUUAAAUAUAUGCUUUAAAUAAAUUUAUGCUUCUUUUAAUUU